UGAAUGCGUAUCACAGCGCAGUAUUCGUUUGAACUUUCACGAAGGCAACAGUUGGUAAUUUUUUUGACAAGCGUUCGAAUCUAUGACUGCAGCCGUUAUACAAGUCGAUCAUGAUGUAUUUUCUGACCGACUGGUUACUCGACAACUUCACCUAUCUGAGCUUGAUCGCCGUUUUCACGGGAUUCUACUAUUAUUCGACAUCAACGUACGGUAAAUGGCAGAAAUUGAACAUACCAUACAUACCACCUGUGCCACUGUUUGGUAACGCGUUCAGAAUAGUCACGAAACUCGAAUAUCCGAUGGAUAUGUAUGAUAGACUCUAUAAACAGUUUCCAGACGUCAAACUGUUAGGAUUCUACCAGAUGACGGAGCCGAUGCUGUUAAUCCGUGACCCGGAGCUAAUCAACGCGAUAUUGAUCAAAGACUUCCCGUACUUCACCGAUCAUGGUUUUGUUAUGGACCCAUCCACAACUGUGAUGGCCAAAAGUCUGUUCUUCUCCAACGGCCAGAGAUGGCGGACAAUGCGCCAGAAGCUGAGCCCAGGAUUUACGUCAGGCAAACUGAGGGACACGUACUUGACAAUAAACGAGUGCAGCAAUCAAAUGGUGUCUAGCAUCGUCGAAAAGCUCGGUAAGACCGACCGACUUGCCAUAAGAUCUAUAAUUUCUGGUUUUUCAAAUGACGUGAUCGGUAUGUGCGCGUUCGGUAUGCAGCUGGACUCGAUGAACAACGAAGAUUCCGGAUUUCCGCCGGUACUCUAAGAGAAUUUUUGAAAGAUCCACGAAACAGAUUAUUGUUCAGCGGUGACCACAAUCUUCCCCUUGGUAAUCAAUCUGUUU